GCGCAUUUGUGACGUAACACCAUUGUUGACAUCGCUAAAUUAAAAACAUUUGACGUUCAUGUUGCUAAGCCCGAGUAGGAGAAAAGACGGCGUCGUGGACAGUUAUUACUGGGGCAGAGAGCAGCGCAUGUAUGAACUCGGUGAGGACACCAUAGGGCCAGGGCUCUCUGAAGACUUACGAAAAUUCUAUGAAAAGACAGAUUCAUUUAACGACAAAGCAAAAUGUUUGGAAUUAUUAAAUUCUAUAAGUUUAGGAGACACUGUUCAACGGAGUACGGUGAAACGCCCAUAUACAGCCGCCCCAAUGCUUGGUGCAGACCACUCGAAAAAUUUUCUCAGUCCGUAUCAAACAUCAUAUAACAGAGACUACCCCCUUAAACAACCUAUAGAUACCGUCGCUCUAAGACCGAUGACGUCACAAGGAUUUGCCCCACAAAUGGGCCCUGGGCCAGAUACCCACUAUGAAACCGAGUUUAAAAACAAGCCAGCGAGACCUGUAACACCACUGAGACCUGGUUCCAGUUCCGGUAACAGAGCCAAUAACCCACACCCACCACAGUCAUUUUUAGUAUGGAAGUUUCCUCGUGGAGGCUGGAGGAAUACAGAGGGUGGGCGUUGGUCAGAGGAACUCACUGAUGACAAAAUCAAGCAGGUUCAUAAACGACUUUGCCAGUCCACAUAUCAAACCGAUUUCCUGGGCUCCCCUCAAGGUUUCGAUCUUAAGUCAGCGUAUUCGCUGCCGCCAGACUGGAAAGAGAACGUACCAUACACGCUGGACUCAGUUCAGAGAUACUGUUACCAGAACCAAACCAAUCCAGAAUCACUUCAAGUACCAACCAACAGAUACGGUAGUAAUACGAAGAAACAUAUACCUGCAAGUGGAACUAUUCCAACGGCAUCACAUCGGCAUAAGCAUAUACGAAACCGAACAACGUAUGACCGCCAUUAUAAUGACAAUUCAGAUGCUGUUACUCAACAAAUCCGAGAAGUCGGACACAAACUAGGAGCCGAAGCUAUCCGAAAAUAUUACGAGACUGCUUCCGGUGAAGGGCGCGUUGCUAAGCGACCAAGGACGUCUUCGUUUCUGCCACCGAUAGCAAGCACCGUGAAGCGCCCUCACUUGGUCAACACUGAUCUAUGUCGAGUGUCGCAAUGGGCGGGGCCAGAGUGAAGAAAGUGAUAAAAUUUUAUGUGUUUCUUGUUUGCAAUAUUAUUCUUAUUUAUUAUGAUAUCAUAAUUAUUAUCUUUAUGAAAUACUGUUUCUCAAUGAUACGACUACUUGCAUAUUCAAAUACUGUUAAAUUUCAAAAUUGUGACACUUACAUGCCAUGUUGAUAGCAUGAAAACGUGAAGUACCAUUGCGUACCUGAAGUUGACCUGAAUGUCUACACUUUAGAGUGCAGUCUCAUUUUAGGAUUUUGUUUCUCGUGUUUAAACUUGACAUAUCAGUUUGAAAUUCUAGAAAUCAUUAUUCAAGAUAUAUACAGGUGUAUGACUUUUAAAACUUCACAAUUCUUUAAAGUUUUGAGUGGAGGCAUUUUAUUUCAUGUUUUCGAAACAAACUUUCAUUAAAGGGAACAAUGUUUUGAAGGGGUUAUUUUUUUAUUUAGAAUACAGUAUUAAGGUUUAUUUUAUGAUUCUGACGUUGUCUUGUCAGUUAACAAUUGUUAAUUUGCUCCUGAUCUGAACACAAUUGAAGAUCAUAUACUACUACAAACAAUUCUGUAACUUUAUUUCGGCUGGAAUUGGAUUUGUAUAUUAUAUAUGGUACUUCAAAAUUAAGAUAUAAAACAUCACACGUAUUUGUAAAACCCAAAUAUUCAGAUUGCGUUAUUUUGCUAGAAUUGUAUUACUUACCUUUAUAUAGGCACAGUUUGGAUCAGAUAUGGAACACUUUAAUAGAAAGAGAACAUAUAGUGUUUAUUUUCCCAGUAUUGUGAUUGUGUAUUCUGUGAUAUUUACCUGUUAUUGUUGUUAAAAACCAAAUAGUCUUUUUUCAUGUUGAAAUUAUAACUGUAUAGCGCAUUUAAAAUAAAUCUAGCAUUUUUUAAAUUCA